AUGCGCUACUGCUCCAACACCACCCUCGGGCACGAUCGGCUCAUCGCCUCGGCCUUCCACCGCAUCGUCGGCUCCGAGGCGGGCUCGCCGGCGCAGUGCGAGCGUGCGCUGCGGCAGGCGCGCCUCCCGGUCAAGCUCGCGUUCCUGGACGACAAGGCCGAUCGACUCUGGAGGACACGGUCGGCGGCGCUUCGCGAACUGGCACAGAAGGUUCGAGACGGCACGGAUCUUGUGCUCCUAUGCGCGGGUAGGAUUGAGUCCUGUCACGGCGAUCUGCUGAGGAAGGGGAUCCUGGCCGAAGCGGCGCAGCUCGAGGCCACCAGCAAGAAGAAGCCGCGCUCCGACAAGGGCAAGCCGAGAGGUCCUCGGGGGCCCAGGGCCGACUCGCCCGGGACUACAUGA